AGUGUAUUCUCACACUUCCACUGAAUUUUGAAUUGUUCAUUUCUACCAUUUCUGAUUGAUGCAUCUAUUUUAUUUGUGUAUUUAUUUUCAUGUUUUUAAGUCUGUUUGAAUAAGUUUUUAAAUUUUUUGGUCUUUCAUUUCACUCAAUUAUUGGUGUAUGUUAUGAGAUUUAUGUGUUUUGAGAUUUUUAUAUAAUUCAAUAGUUGACACUUCAGAGAGAUUUUUUUAACCCAUAUGGAUCUCCAGGGAACUGGGGGAGUGAAUGCUGAUAACCUGAAUACAUGCAUAAAUUAUAGUUCCAGUGCUGGAAGGAAAUCCUGUGAGAUUAGAUAUGCAAUGAUUGAAGUUAUUGAUUAUAAAAUUAAACUAAUGUUAACUUAAUAUUCAAAGUUGAGCAGUCAAAUUUGCCUUGUGUUGACUUAUUCUGAAUGAACAGAAACUAGAUAUGUCCAUUUAUCAUCCUCAUCUAUGAAUAUUGUUUCAUUAGCCUUUGUAAUUAUGGUUUUUCUGAUAGGAUUUGUGAAUAAUGGAAAUAUGUCCAGGAUAACCUCUUUCACAGGAAGGAAAAUUAAUGUUUAACAAACCUCUGCUAGUGAUAGAUCGACAUUGUCCCUCAUGGCCGAUUAAGUAGGUGAUGAAUAACCUGCCUGAAAACCAACAAAUUAUGACACCUCAGAAUUGCCACCAAAAAAUUCUACUUUUCUAAGAAACUUGUUCUGAAUUGUGCUUUGGUUUGUAAUGUCUCCAACUGUUUCUUUCAGCUUUAGUGAAUAUGAAGUUUGAUUAAAUGAUUGGCACUUACACAGGUUCCAAAUGCAUAAGAACCACGCACCGUGACAAAGGUACUAAGGUUACAUAUCCAACAUCUCGUCAACAUGCCACUGGGUCCUUGGAUGACUUGCCAAGAACAGUAGCUUGUACCAUGCAUCAAGGAUCUGCUGUUAACAGCAUGGAUUUUCUUCCUUGUCAUCACACAUUGCUUCUUGUUGGUUUUGCUACUGGUGAAAUAACGCUCUGGCAAGUGGGGAUGCGAUAUAAAUUGGUUUCAAAGCCAUUCAAGAUAUGGGACAUGGCAAAUUGUUAUAUGCUGCUUCAGGAAGCUGGGUGCUUGUUUGUUGUUCUAAAAUGUGUGCUUGCACUUGUUGUUGUUGUUGUUACUGCUGUUGCUGUUGUUGUUGCUACUGCUACUGCUACUACUGCUGCUGCAACUGCAACAUCUGCUCGUCGAAUCCUUACCAUUGGUAUUGGGACAGGGACUUUCUGUAGUGGCCAAGUUAAUUGAUUCUUUAGCUUUCUCUAGUACUCCUAAUAAUGAAUUAGACUUGACUGCUUGUGUUGUAUAUAAUCUUUUUGCUUUCAUUUAUACAGAUAAUUUGCUAUUUGAUCUUGUAAUUUGCUUUUAAAGUACUAAAAUAGACAUUUUAAUGAUAUUGUGUGUUCAUAUAUUGAGUUUAUACAUAUAAUAAACUUUGAAUUUGCUCUC